AUGACGGACUCGAAGUACUUCACCACCACGAAGAAAGGGGAGAUAUUUGAGCUGAAAGCCGAACUGAACAGCGACAAGAAGGAGAAGAAGAAGGAAGCCGUGAAGAAGGUGAUAGCGUCCAUGACCGUCGGCAAAGACGUCAGCGCUCUCUUCCCAGACGUGGUGAACUGCAUGCAGACGGACAACCUGGAGCUGAAGAAGCUGGUCUACCUCUACCUGAUGAACUACGCCAAGAGCCAGCCGGACAUGGCCAUCAUGGCAGUCAACACUUUUGUGAAGGACUGCGAGGACCCAAACCCUCUGAUCCGGGCUCUGGCUGUGCGGACCAUGGGCUGCAUCCGUGUGGACAAGAUAACGGAGUAUCUCUGUGAGCCCCUGCGGAAGUGCCUGAAGGACGAGGACCCUUACGUGCGCAAGACGGCGGCCGUCUGCGUGGCGAAGCUCCAUGACAUCAAUGCCCAGCUGGUGGAGGACCAGGGCUUCCUGGACACCCUUAAAGACCUCAUCUCGGACUCUAACCCCAUGGUAGUGGCCAAUGCAGUAGCAGCUCUCUCGGAAAUAGCGGAGUCUCACCCGAGCAGUAACCUCCUGGACCUCAACCCCCAGUCCAUCAACAAGCUGCUCACCGCCUUGAACGAGUGCACCGAGUGGGGCCAGAUCUUCAUCCUGGACUGCCUGGCAAACUACAUGCCCAAGGAUGAUCGGGAAGCCCAAAGUAUUUGCGAGCGGGUGACGCCCCGGCUGUCCCACGCCAACUCGGCGGUGGUGCUCUCGGCGGUGAAGGUGCUGAUGAAGUUCAUGGAGAUGCUGUCGAAGGACCUGGAUUAUUACGGCACGCUGCUAAAGAAGCUGGCCCCGCCGCUGGUCACCCUGCUCUCCGCAGAACCUGAGCUGCAGUACGUGGCUCUCCGCAACAUCAACCUCAUCGUGCAGAAGAGGCCCGAGAUCCUGAAGCACGAGAUGAAGGUGUUCUUUGUGAAGUACAACGACCCCAUCUACGUCAAACUGGAGAAGCUGGACAUCAUGAUCCGCCUGGCUUCCCAGGCCAACAUCGCUCAGGUGCUGGCAGAGCUGAAGGAAUACGCCACGGAGGUGGACGUGGACUUUGUAAGGAAGGCGGUUCGAGCCAUCGGCCGCUGCGCCAUCAAGGUGGAGCAAUCGGCCGAGCGCUGUGUCAGCACCCUGCUCGACCUCAUCCAGACCAAAGUCAACUACGUGGUGCAGGAGGCCAUUGUCGUCAUCAAGGACAUCUUCCGCAAGUACCCCAACAAGUACGAGAGCGUGAUCGCCACCCUCUGCGAGAACCUCGACUCCCUGGACGAGCCCGAGGCGCGGGCUGCCAUGAUUUGGAUCGUAGGAGAGUACGCCGAGAGGAUCGACAACGCCGACGAGCUGCUGGAGAGCUUCCUGGAGGGAUUCCACGAUGAGAGCACCCAGGUUCAGCUGCAGCUGCUGACGGCCAUCGUGAAGCUGUUUUUGAAGAAGCCCACCGAGACGCAGGAGCUGGUGCAGCAGGUGCUGAGCCUGGCCACGCAGGAUCCCGACACCCCCGGCCUGCGGGCCCGUGGCUACAUCUACUGGCGCCUGCUCUCCACCGACCCCGUGGCCGCCAAGGAGGUGGUGCUGGCCGAGAAGCCCCUCAUCUCCGAGGAGACGGAUCUGAUCGAGCCGACGCUGCUGGACGAGCUGAUCUGCUACAUCGGGACGUUGGCCUCCGUCUAUCACAAACCUCCCAGCGCCUUCGUGGAGGGGAGCAGAGGGGUCGUGCACAAGAGUUUGCCCCCCAGAACAGGCUCCCCUGACGCAGCCCCCUCGGGAGUGCAGGCGACGGAGCAGCCGGCCGUCAUCCCCACUCAGGGCGACCUGCUGGGUGACCUGCUGACCCUGGACCUGGGACCGCCGGUGAGCGGACCUCCCAUCGCCACCUCCUCCGUGCAGAUGGGCGCCGUGGACCUCCUCGGAGGUGGCUUGGACAGCCUGGUGUGGCUCCCUGCCAUGAAGGCCAAAGGGCUGGAGAUCUCCGGCACCUUCAGCCGGCAGGUGGGCUCCAUCUCCAUGGACCUCGUGCUAACGAACAAGGCUCUGCAGGUCAUGUCUGACUUUGCCAUCCAGUUCAACCGCAACAGCUUCGGCCUGGCCCCGGCAGCGCCUCUCCAGGUCCACGCGCCUCUCGCCCCCAACCAGUCCGUGGAGAUCUCUCUUCCGCUGAACACCGUCGGCUCCGUCAUGAAAAUGGACCCUCUCAACAACCUCCAGGUCGCGGUGAAAAACAACAUCGACGUCUUCUACUUCAGCACCCUGUACCCGCUGCACAUCCUCUUCGUGGAGGACGGGAAGAUGGAGCGGCAGAUGUUCCUGGCCACUUGGAAGGACAUUCCCAACGAGAAUGAGGCCCAGUUCCAGAUCAAAGACUGUUCUCUCAACGCAGACGCUGUUAGCAGCAAGCUCCAAGGCAGCAACAUCUUCACCAUCGCCAAAAGGAACGUGGAGGGCCAAGACAUGCUCUACCAAUCCCUGAAGCUCACCAACGGUAUCUGGGUGCUGGCAGAGCUCAGGAUCCAGCCCAGCAAUCCCAGUUUCACGGAUUUGGAG